AUGGCACCUUCAGCUGAGUUCUCUUUCAUCUGGAGUUUACAUUGCCCUCCAAAAAUUAGCUUCUUUCUUUGGUUAAUUGCUCAUGGCAGACUUCCAACUAUAGAUAUGUUGCAGAACAGAAGAAUUGAUGUGCAUGCAACCUGCCUGUUCUGCACUGCUCCAGAAACUGCUUCUCAUCUAUUUCUUCACUGUGAUUUUGCAAAGUCAGUCUGGGAUGUCUUAACAAUGAAGCUGAAAUGGUUAUAUGCUAUGCCUGAAAAUGUUGCUCUAGCUCUACAAGCUUGGCAGCUUAAUUUGUCCGACAAAGCUAAAAGUGAAAUCUGGAGACUUGUUCCUGUGGCAAUCAUCUGGUGCUUAUGGAAGGAGAGAAAUAAUAGAGUCUUCAAUGGAAACCCAAGUUCUGCUGCAGUUGUUGCUCAUAAGGUAGUUUAUAUGUUGUUUACUUGGUCCUUGGAUUUCAAAUAUUUUGAGGAGGUAGAUUCUAAGGAGGUGAUGAGAAAUUGGUGUAAGAUUUAUUUUGAUAUUCAUUAG